UCCAACCUACUCACCUGGUACACUCUCAAUUCUUCUAAAUUGAGAUCAACUUCUUCUUCCUGAUUGGAAUCCCAGGACUAGAGCAUAUUCACAUCUGGAUCUCCAUCCCUAUCUGCCUCAUGUACCUAGUGGCCAUCCUGGGCAAUUGCACCAUCCUCUUUGUGCUCAGGAUAGAGCCCUCACUUCAUACACCCAUGUACUAUUUCCUUUCCAUGUUGGCGGUCUCUGACCUAGGCCUGUCCCCCUCCUCCCUCACCACUAUGCUAAGGAUCUUCUUGUUCAAUGUCACAGGAAUUUCUCCAAAUGGCUUCUUUGCUCAAGAGUUCUUCAUCCAUGGAUUCACAGAUAUGGAGUCCUUGAUUUUUUUGCUCAUGUCCUUUGACUGCUUUUUGGCCAUAUGCAACCCUCUGAGAUUCAGUUCCAUCCUGACCAGUGCCAGAGUUGCCAAAAUGGGGUUAGUAUUUCUCAUUAAAAGCAUGCUCUUAGUGCUUCCAUUUCCUUUCACUCUCAGAAGGUUGACAUAUUGUAGGAAAAGCUUACUUUCUCACUCCUGUUGUCUCCAUCAGGAUGUCAUGAAGAUGGCCUGCUCUGACAACACAGUCAACUUUUUCUAUGGUUUCAUUGUUGCUCUCUGUAUGAUAUCAGACAGUGUGUUCAUUGCUGUGUCCUAUGUGUUCAUCCUGAAGACUGUGAUGGGAAUUGGAUCUCAUCAGGAGAGGUUCAAGGCCUUCAACACCUGUGUCUCCCACAUCUGUGCUGUGCUUAUCUUCUAUGUGCCCAUUAUUGCUUUGGCCUCCAUGCAUCAGUUUGGCAAGCACAAAUCCCUAAUGGCCAUCAUCCUCACUGCUGACAUUUUCUUGCUAGUGCCAACUUUGAUGAACCCCAUAGUAUACUGUGUGAAGACAUGGCAAAUUCAUGAAAAGGUUCUGGGGAAAUUGGGUCUAAAAUAA